GUGCGGCGCCAUUUUAAGCCUGUGUGUCGCGUUUCAAGCGAACGGGAGAGUAGUGCGUUUGUUCAUGGCUGGGAACUGAAGGGGAUCAGAAACAUAAACGGGGAAAAGAAAAUCAACGCUCUUGCCGCCAUACCCCGUCCAUCUUAAAGUGGGACACAAUUCGGAACCUGCAGGGUCUGGAGGUGUGUAGGAGACGGCCAGUACCGGGCGAAACGCGGUGACGGCCGGAACCGGUGGACGUCGAGCCAACGGCUUGUAAUCCACAACCUGGUUCUUUGGAAACUGUUGAAAAAUGGCAACUCAAGAUCUAAUGGAGCUGGACAUGGCCAUGGAGCCAGAUCGGAAAGCAGCAGUCAGUCACUGGCAGCAGCAGUCUUACCUGGAUUCUGGUAUCCAUUCUGGAGCGACCACCACAGCACCAUCUUUAAGUGGCAAAGGAAACCCAGAGGAUGAAGAUGUGGACACCAACCAAGUUUUGUAUGAAUGGGAGCAAGGUUUCUCUCAGUCCUUUACUCAAGAUCAAGUGGCUGAUAUUGAUGGCCAAUAUGCUAUGACAAGAGCCCAGCGAGUUCGUGCUGCAAUGUUUCCAGAAACCCUUGAUGAAGGCAUGCAGAUUCCAUCAACGCAAUUUGACUCUGCACACCCUACAAAUGUGCAACGCUUAGCAGAACCUUCCCAGAUGCUUAAGCAUGCUGUGGUCAACUUGAUCAAUUACCAAGAUGAUGCUGAACUGGCUACUCGAGCAAUCCCUGAGCUGACAAAACUUCUUAAUGAUGAGGACCAGGUUGUAGUUAACAAGGCUGCUGUAAUGGUUCACCAACUGUCAAAGAAGGAAGCAUCACGCCAUGCUAUAAUGCGUUCACCACAGAUGGUUUCCGCAAUAGUUCGUACAAUGCAGAAUACAAAUGAUGUAGAAACGGCACGAUGCACUGCAGGAACACUUCACAACCUUUCUCACCAUCGUGAAGGCUUGUUGGCUAUCUUUAAAUCUGGAGGCAUUCCUGCUCUGGUUAAAAUGCUUGGCUCCCCAGUUGAUUCUGUACUGUUCUAUGCCAUCACAACACUGCACAAUCUUCUUCUUCACCAAGAAGGAGCAAAGAUGGCUGUACGCCUAGCUGGUGGCUUGCAGAAAAUGGUUGCCCUUCUCAAUAAAACAAAUGUCAAGUUUUUGGCAAUCACAACAGACUGUCUUCAAAUAUUGGCCUAUGGAAAUCAAGAAAGCAAGUUGAUUAUUCUUGCAAGUGGUGGACCGCAAGCUUUGGUAAACAUAAUGAGGACUUACAGUUACGAGAAACUUCUGUGGACCACAAGUCGGGUGCUUAAAGUGUUAUCUGUGUGCUCUAGCAACAAGCCUGCUAUAGUUGAAGCUGGUGGAAUGCAAGCUUUAGGACUCCAUCUUACAGACUCAAGCCAACGUCUUGUUCAAAAUUGUCUUUGGACUCUAAGAAACCUUUCAGAUGCCGCAACUAAACAGGAGGGAAUGGAAGGUCUUCUUGGAACCCUGGUUCAGCUUCUUGGAUCAGAUGACAUUAAUGUAGUAACUUGUGCAGCUGGUAUACUGUCCAACCUUACAUGCAACAACUACAAAAACAAAAUGAUGGUUUGUCAAGUUGGAGGCAUUGAAGCCCUUGUUCGCACAGUUCUACGUGCUGGGGAUAGAGAAGACAUCACUGAACCUGCAAUUUGUGCACUUCGUCACCUUACCAGUAGGCAUCAGGAAGCAGAGAUGGCUCAAAAUGCAGUACGUCUUCAUUAUGGGCUUCCAGUGGUGGUGAAGCUCUUGCACCCUCCUUCACACUGGCCUUUGAUAAAGGCUACAGUUGGCCUGAUCCGCAACCUUGCUCUUUGUCCAGCCAAUCAUGCCCCACUGCGCGAGCAGGGUGCUAUUCCUCGACUUGUGCAAUUGCUUGUUCGUGCACACCAGGACACACAGAGGCGCACUUCAAUGGGUGGAACACAACAGCAAUUUGUGGAGGGUGUCCGUAUGGAAGAGAUAGUUGAAGGCUGCACAGGUGCCCUUCACAUUUUGGCUCGUGAUGUCCACAACCGAAUUGUAAUCAGAGGUCUUAACACCAUUCCAUUAUUUGUGCAGUUGCUGUACUCUCCUAUUGAAAACAUCCAAAGAGUGGCAGCAGGUGUACUUUGUGAACUGGCACAAGACAAAGAGGCUGCUGAAGCUAUUGAAGCUGAAGGUGCAACUGCUCCUCUUACUGAACUGCUUCACUCUAGAAAUGAAGGAGUUGCAACUUAUGCAGCUGCUGUUCUGUUCCGUAUGUCUGAGGACAAACCCCAGGACUACAAGAAGCGUCUCUCAGUGGAGUUAACAAGCUCACUCUUCAGAACAGAGCCAAUGCCAUGGAAUGAGGCUGCAGACCUUGGUCUUGAUAUCGGUGCCCAAGGUGAACCUCUUGGCUACAGACAGGAUGAUCCAAGCUACAGAUCUUUCCAUGCCCCUGGCUAUGGCCAGGAUGCAAUGGGUAUGGACUCAAUGAUGGAUCAUGACAUGGCAGGUCAUCACCCAGGUGCAGACUAUCCAGUUGAUGGACUUCCUGAUUUGAGUCAUGCCCAAGAUCUUAUGGAUGGCCUGCCUCCAGGUGAUAGCAACCAACUGGCCUGGUUUGACACUGACUUGUAAAUAUCUACUUUUUGUUAUCGUCCAGAUGAAUCUGCAUUGUGAUUGGCCUGUAGUUUGCUGAGAGGGCAGGAGGGGUGGGCUGGUAAUCUCAGAAAGUGCCUGACACACUAACCAAGCUGAGUUUCCUAUGGGAACAAUGGAAGAUAACUUUAUGUUCUGGUCCUUUAUUUGGUCGGAGGAACAAAACCAAUGGAUUUUGCAAGUGACUCACAUCAAGAAUGCACAAGAAUAGUUUUGCAAGCUGGAACUUAUCAGAAACACUAGCCUUGCUUGUUUUAAAAAAAACUUUUUUUAUUUUUCAUUUUUUUUUUAUCUGUAUGGUACCGACCUAGCUUGCUUUCUUAGUAUCCUGAUUUUCUUUUCCUUUCUAAGGUAACCUUAAGUCUCUGUAGCGUUCAGUUAGUGCAUAAUGCUAAGGCAGUUUCUAAUUUUUAAGGAUCAAGUGUAGAACACUAAUUCAUAAUCACUCUAAUUGUAUCCUUAAUAAAGUGGAACAUUGUGUAGCUUUUUCCUUUUUUUUUUUUUUUUUUUUUUUCUUUUUGUAUAAAAAAUAGACAAAUAGAAAUGGUCCAAAUAGUUUUUGUUUUUAAUAUGCUUAAUCUAAGCAGUUUGAUCAUUUUUGAUCAAAGCUUUUAUCUGGAAUGUCUGGGUAGGGGCCAGUAAGAAACUCAACUUAUUUGGAACCUGUAAUGGACAUUUUACCAGUUGCCUUUUAUCCCAAAGUUAUUGUACUGAAGCCACAGAUGCUUAAUGAAAAUCAGAUUAUAAAAUGGCUCAGAAGAAUUAAAGUGGACUUUUAAUGCAUUCUGUGUCAAGUUCUUUAAAGUCCAUGUGGAAUGGGUUUCUGUGGUCUUAUGGAGCGAACUUCAAUGUUUGUAAAUGUAAUGAACAAAGUAAACUUAUUUUUAAACUUG